ACCUGCACCUCUGACACGUCACGCGGGUCAUAAUGGCUCUGAGCCUUUGAAUGCAAAUCGCAUCACGCUGCGCUCACAUUUGGGCUGGAGCCUGGAGCAACGCUGGUGAAAUGACGUGAGUGGUUGACGAUGCUAAAUGGCUGCACUUGAAAUACCUGCGAGGCGGUUCACCCACUUGCUGAUGCGACCACGAGCCCAUUAGCAGCGUUUCAGCACCGUGGCGCGCAGAACAGCUCCUGCGCCUCUGACGCUAAACGUGCGGAGAAAAGUGGAACCAGAAAACAAGAAAGACGCAGUUUGGUGCGUUUUCUGCUCCUUCACCCACUUUCAGGACUUUUACUCAUAAAUUCAAGGGGCGAGAGAUGGAUAUUGAUCGACCAGCAAAUGUCUCCUUUCUUGAUUUCGUUGGAGGAGUUCAACUUCUCCAAAGCGAGGAGACCAGAACAGCCAUGCCUAUAGUUCUGAUUGGGAUCUGCGUGUCCGGAGCAGUCGGGAACCUGCUCGUUUUACUCAUUUUCAUCCGCGACUUUAGGAACGGAAAGGGCUCCGAGGUGAAGGCGCUGCUCGCCUCUCUGGCCUCCACGGACAUGGUGAUACUGUUGCUGUGCGCGCCCGUGCGCGCGGUCACCUACUACAAGCAGACCUGGACCCUGGGAAGCUUUGUUUGCAGCACCACCGACUGGUUCCAGCAUUCGUGCAUCGUCGCAAAAACUUUGAUCCUGGCAGUGACCACCAGGGCGAAACACACGCUGGUUCCCAGCGCCGCCACGGGUCCCCUCCACAGCCCGACGUGGAUCCACGGAGCCCUGGCGUUUGUCUGGAUCGUGUCCAUGAUGUUCCCCCUCCCGCAGCUGCUCUUCGCCACCACGGUGCAGCGCAGCGGCGACGCCGUCUGCGUGUCUGAAAUGCCGGUGUGCGCGUCUGACUUCAUGAGCCUGUUCUACAAGAUAUAUCCCACGGCGACCUUUGUGGUGCCGAUCAUCCUCACCCUCGCCUACUACACCAGGACGCUGCACGCCGCCGUGAACCACGCGCCGUGCCCGCAGCACCAGAGCAAAGUCACCCUGGUCCUGAUGUGUCUCAGCGGCGCCCACGCGCUGAUGCUGCUGCCAGAGUGGGGCACCUUCACCUGGAUCAGACUCGGGUUCAACAGACCUCCCGUGGGUCUGCUGAUUUUUGCGCAGGUGCUCCUUUACGCGUGCAGCUCGCUCUCCCCGGUCAUCCUGAUGACCAUGUACGACGACGUGCGCGAGGGGCUGAUAAACAUCUGGUUCAUCGCCACCUGCAGACGCUCGAAGCGCCUCCCCGGCAAGACAAUACCCACCACGGAGGGCAACGGAGCGGAGGUGGGCGCCAACGCGGUGUCCAACGCGGUCUCCCAGGACAAGGACAAGAGCAUCCCAGAUGUGGAGCACUUCUGGACGGGGCGCAGGAACACGCAGGUCGACGACAACCAGGAUCCGAUUCCGUGGGAGCGAGAGGAGAAAAUGUUGUAGUAUGAGAAGUGAACGUCUUUAUCUUUUAGCAGAUCUCAGCUCGUGCUCAGCUGGUUUCUAGUUCGUUGCUCCACAGUGCAGACCCUCGCUGAAAGGCGGUAGCGGCCAGUUCGAUGUCGUCAGAUUGGUUAGAUGUAAUAUAAUAUUGUACACUAUCGUAUUUUGAUGUUUUAAUUGACUCUUUGAAUAUUGUUCUUGCCUGCAGUAUUUCUGUACUGUCAAGUCAACCUUCAUUAGGGAAGGACUGUAUAAAGAAGUCACUGUAAAUAUUAGAAAGGUCAAGCGUUAAAGGGUUUGUUGUGAUUGUGAACUAGUGAUGUAUAAUAUGGAUAUUAAAAUGUUCUCAAAUAAAGACA